AUGCUCCAGGCAAACAAGGGCAACGUGAUCUCCAAGUUUCACAAGACAUCCCUGGAGAUCCGCAACCAUGAGUUGAGAUACUACCUCGGCGUCUUCAACCGGCUGUCGGCGAUUUCGUCAAUUCUGGCCGGUUUCGCAUCGUCGGCGUUGACGAUGAGCGUACCCGAGUGGGAGGACUCCUUGCUAGUGAUGGCCUUCCUCAUCUUCACGGGAAGCGCUUUCGGGAUGAACCUGAUGGCUGCCUCCUUAGAGCCCCAGCCCUUUCGGGGUCUACAGGGCUUCUGGCCGUGA